GGGGGUUCAAACAAACAUGCCUUCCCGGCGGAACAACCGCCGCUAAAAUUCGCCUCGAGGCGCGACCCGACCGUAAACGCGUCGGCGGCUCGGUCUUUGCCACGGGAAAGCCGUCUUUUCGUGGCGCGAAGCGCGCGGCACUCGCUCGUCGUCGCCGCGCGGAGGAACACGCGACGCGGCCGGGACUUCGCGAGAGCAGAGCUGAAUGGAGGCAGCCUCUUCCUGGUGGAUAAACAGUGACAGCUACAGGGCAGCCACCUAGACCCAGCACACAGGCUCUGGCGCUGCCCUGGCAAACAACACCAAAAUGGCUUCAGACAGUACACACAUCGCGCAGUUGACUUCUGAACUGUACUUCCUAAUAGCCCGGUUUCUAGAAGCUGGACCGUGUCAAAAAGCGGCCGAGACCCUGAUAAGGGAGGUGGAGGAGAAGGAGCUGCUGCCCAUAAGACUGGACUGGACGGGGCAGGAACACCCCGGGACGUACGAAAAUUUGGUGAAGCUCUAUAGGCACAUCAGUCCAGACCACCUGCUGCAGGUGUGCUCCAGAGUUUGCCCGCUGCUGGAGAAGGAGGUCUCCGCCAGCGUUCCCGGACUCACCAGCCUGUUGGGGGCCGGCAGGCAGAAUCUCCUCCGCACCAGCAAGAGCUGCAAGCAUGUCGUGUGGAAGGGCUCAGCACUGGCUGCUCUUCACUGUGGACGACCACCGGAGACGCCGAUUAUCUAUGGAAGUCCACCUAAUAUUGUGGAGACGAGCCACGGCCGUCGCCUGAAUGGCUCCUACCGCCUCCGGCAGCUGGUGCCCACUGCUGUGUACCAGCACAUGAAGAUGCACAAGAGGAUCCUGGGACACCUGUCGUCCGUGUACUGCGUCACCUUCGACAGGACGGGACGGCGCAUCUUCACGGGCUCAGACGACUGCCUUGUGAAGAUCUGGGGAACAGAUGACGGGCGUCUGCUGGCGACGCUGCGCGGCCACGCCGCCGAGAUCUCUGACAUGGCCGUCAGCUACGAGAACACCAUGAUCGCUGCCGGGUCCUGUGACAAGACCAUAAGAGUGUGGUGCUUGCAGACCUGUGCCCCUUUGGCCGUCCUGGAGGGCCACGCAGCCUCUAUCACCUCACUGCAGUUUUCUCCUCUCUGUAGCGGUUCCAAGCGCUACCUGUCCUCCACCGGAGCUGAUGGCACCAUCUGCUUCUGGCAGUGGGAUGCACGCUCGCUCAAGUUUGGUCAGAGGCCCAGUAAAUUCACCGAGCGCUCCCGACCUGGCGUCCAGAUGAUCUGCUCCUCCUUCAGCGCAGGUGGCAUGUUCCUGGCCACAGGAAGCACCGAUCACAUCAUCAGAGUCUAUUACUUUGGUUCCGGACAACCCGAGAAGAUCUCUGAACUUGAGUCACACACAGACAAAGUUGACAGCAUCCAGUUCUCGCACUGCAGCGACAGGUUUGUGAGCGGCAGCAGGGACGGUACAGCGCGGAUCUGGCAGCUGCAGCCUCAGGGCUGGAGGAGCAUUCUGCUGGACAUGCAGACCAAAUUACCCGGGAAGUACAACCCUCCUCCGCUGGAAGAUAAGGUGACUAAGCUGAAGGUUACCAUGGUAGCGUGGGAUCGCCAUGACAGCAUGGUGAUCACAGCCGCCAACAAUCUGACGCUGAAGGUGUGGAACUCCAUGACUGGAAACUUGGUCCACGUGCUCAUGGGACACGAGGAUGAGGUGUUUGUCCUGGAGCCGCACCCCUUUGAUCCAAGGAUCCUUUUCUCCGCGGGACACGAUGGCAACUGCAUCGUGUGGGACCUGGCCAGAGGUGUCAAGAUCCGCUCGUAUUUCAACAUGAUCGAGGGACAAGGGCACGGAGCGCUUUUCGAUUGCAAAUGUAGUCCAGAUGGGCAGCAUUUUGCAGCCACAGACUCCCAUGGACACCUGCUCAUCUUUGGCUUUGGCUCGAGCAGCCGAUAUGACAAGAUAGCGGACCAGAUGUUCUUCCAUACUGACUACCGGCCUCUAAUACGGGACGCCAACAAUUUCGUCUUGGAUGAGCAAACUCAGCAGGCCCCACAUUUAAUGCCCCCACCAUUCCUAGUGGAUGUGGAUGGAAACCCACACCCUCCCAGAUACCAGCGACUGGUGCCCGGCAGGGAGGGCUGCAGGGAUGAGCAGCUGAUCCCACAGAUGGGGGUCACAUCCUCAGGCCUCAACCAAGUUGUGAGUGAGCAGGCGGUGGAUGGCCCCAGUCCUCUGGAUACUAUGAUUCAGAGGCUGCAGCAGGAACAAGACCAAAGACUGGGAACAAAUGACGCUGCUGUAAACUUCAGGGCCAGUAGAGGCUCAGUGGGUUCACCCACUGAGGUUCACUCCCCACCCAACGUGGGUCUGCGGCGCAGCGGGCAGAUUGAAGGCGUCCGGCAGAUGCACAGUAACGCCCCACUCAGCCAGAUGGCGACAGAGGGAGACCUGGUGGCCUGGAGCCGCAGGGUGCUGGUGCCUGAGCUGGAGGAGGCCACUGUCAGGAGACAGGUGAACUGGCGUGAGGCUAAGGGGGAGGAGGAGAUCAAUAUUUAUCAGUCUGAGCGGAGAAGGCGCACCAUCCAUUCUCUCCCCAAGGAGAGCAGGGUUCAUCCAACAUCAGAGUGUGUGGUUGAUGAAGGGAGGAGGAGCCAGGGUAACCACGGCUAUCAGACCCGCGCGGCCGUGGAGGAGACGAGUCGCCAAAGCGCAGAAGCCGCAGAUGAUGACGAAAGCACCUCAGAGGGAGAGGUUGAGGUACGGCAAAUCAAUGGACACUCCUCAGAGGAAGAGAAGGAAGAGGAGGAGAAAGAGCCCUGGCCAGAUGACCACAGCAGUUCAAGCGACUACUCCAGCGAUUACUCUGACUGGACGGCAGAUGCCGGUAUCAACCUCGAACCCCCCAAGAAAAGCGUUAAGGUGAAAAAGAAGAGCAGCAGCUCUGAGGAGGAUGGAGAGAAGAAGAGGGAUGGAAAGAAAGAAAGGAAGAAAGACAAACCAGACAAAGAUGGUGCAUUACCAAAGAAGCAGCUUCCAAAGGAGAAGAGGAAGAGGACGGAGUUUCAAGAGCAAGGGCUAACCCUGGAAGAAUGGCUUCCCUCUGCCUGGAUUACAGACACCGUCCCCCGGAGAUGUCCGUACAUACCACAGAUGGGAGACGAGGUGUACUAUUUUAGGCAGGGCCAUGAAGCCUACGUGGAGAUGGCCAAACAGAAAAAGAUUUACAGCAUCAAUCCUAAGAAGCAGCCCUGGCACAAGAUGGAGCUACGGGAGCAGGAGUUGAUGAAGAUCGUUGGCAUCAAGUACGAGGUCGGCUUGCCUACGUUGUGCUGUCUGAAGCUUUCCUUCCUGGACCCUGACACUGGCAAACUGACAGGAGGAUCCUUCUCUAUGAAGUAUCACGACAUGCCCGAUGUGAUCGACUUCCUGGUGUUGCGGCAGCAGUUUGACAAUGCCAGAAAGAGGCAGUGGAGCAUAGGCGAUAGGUUUCGGUCAGUGAUUGACGAUGCCUGGUGGUUUGGGACCAUUGAGAGCCAAGAGCCCUACCAGCUCCAGUAUCCUGACAGCCUGUUCCAGUGCUACAAUGUCUGCUGGGAUAAUGGAGACACAGAGAAGAUGAGUCCUUGGGACAUGGAGCCCAUCCCUGACGACGCCACGUUCCCUGACGAGCUGGGCAUGAGCGUCCCGCUGACGGAGGAGGAGCAGAAGGAGCUGCUGUACGUCCCGCUGGACGGGGAGUGGGGCUGCCGCACGCGUGCAGAGGAGUGCGAGCGUAUCAUCAAAGCCCUUGACCAGCUUUGCACCCUGGAUGUAGCAGCACCAUUUGCCUUUCCAGUGGACCUACAAGCCUACCCCACGUACUGCACAGUAGUGGCCUACGUCACUGACCUCAGCACCAUACGGCAAAGGCUGGUGAAUCGCUUCUACAGGCGCCUGUCCUCGCUGAUGUGGGAGGUUCGUUACAUCGAACACAACGCUGAAACGUUCAACGAGCCGGGAUCCUUCAUCGUCACCACCGCAAAGUUUGUCUCUGACCUCAUGCUGCAGUUCAUGAAGGACCAAAAUCUGACCGACCUCAUGCCCCUUUACAAAACUAUGAAGAAGGCGACUUUCUCUGACUCUGAAGAUGAGGAUGACGAGGAGAAUGAUGACGAUAUUAAUACUCCCGGAACAUCCACUCGGAACCAUAAGGGGCGUCGGCCAAUGCAGCGGCAACUGCGAACCCGUCCUCCAUCAUAUGAUCCUCAGGCGUGGAGGGGUCGGUGUAAGGAGCUGCUGGAUCUUAUCUUUCAGUGUGAAGACUCAGAACCCUUCAGAGAACCCGUCGACCUUCAAGAGUACCCGGACUACCUGCAAAUAGUUGACUCACCAAUGGACUUUGGCACCGUUCAAGCCACGCUGACCGAAGGAAAGUACCAGUCUCCCAUUGAGCUCUGCAAAGAUGUGCGACUUAUUUUCAGUAAUUCCAAAGCUUACACGCCGAGCAAGAAAUCCCGGAUCUACAGUAUGAGUCUGCGGCUCUCUGCACUGUUUGAGGAGCACAUCGGCUCCAUCCUGGCCGACUACAAGGCUAUCCACGGCCUGACGGAUACACUGACCAGGCAGGGCACGGACAGACAGAUGCGACACACUACAGACAGACAGACGCGACACGCCAUGAAGAGGAGAAGGAGGGGGAGCGAGUCUCCCGCUAGCAGCACUGCAUCUAGCCCUGAGAGGAAGAGGCGCGUAUCGUCCAGGGUGACUUCGAAAAAGGAGCCAUCCCCAGCUCCCACACGCCUCCCCUCUCUGAGACAGAGCGCGCCGCCCAAACAGCCCCCCCAGCUGGUCAACGGGAGGGUGGACACGCCGACCGCGGGGCGAACGCGCAGUGCAGCACGCCACUCUCUGCACGCCGCCCCGGCCGCAUCCUCCUCACACAACCCCACCAACAACACGCCGAGCGCGUCAGAGUCCAGUCGUUCGCUGCGAGCUCAUAACUCUGUGUCAGCUUCAACGCCAGCCGCUGCAGAAAAAGUGUCUCCUUCACCAGCUGCAGAAACUAGCAGUGGAGGAAGCACCCGAAGGAAACUCAGGACCCCUGUACGACACGCCCCUGGCUCUCCUGCAAGUCCUUCACCUCAGAGCACAGUUCACCUGAAUGGCCACAGUAGUCACGUGACUCUAGGUGUGGGACGGAGAGGACGGAGAUCCAGAGCGGACCCCCCGGGGAGUCCCCCAGAGGACACGACGCCGAGCAGCCCUUCCAGACCGCGUGGUCGCCCCCCUGGGAAGAAGAGAGGCCGGAAGAGCAAGCAAGAGAUGGAGGAGAUAACAGGAAGCCGCAACUGCAGGAGCUCCACCCCCGAAGACGAGCUCGACCAGUCCACGGGUGACGAAGGCGGGACAUCGUCCGCGCAGGAAACGUCUGUGCUGUCAGACUCCGGGACGACGCCUGCGCCUCGACGGCGAGGCCGGCCUCGGGUGGUGAGAACUGACGAGUCCCUGCCGCCCGCCGAGUCACCGGAGCCCUCGCCGCUACGGAGGAGCAGCAGGAGAGCCAACGAGGAGGCCACGCCUCCCGCGCAGACUGCUCCGCAGCGACCCGGUCGCAAAGAGUCCCCGCAGGAGGAGGCGGGGGAGGGGACGGCGGGGUCCAUGCGCACGCGGAACCAGGGGCGGCGGUCGGCGUGGUACAUGGAGGAGGACUCUGAGGAGGAACAGAGGCAGCUGCUGUUCGAGGACUCGUCCAUCACCUUUGGUACCUCCUCAAAGGGACGCGUGCGGAAGCUGACGGAGAAGGCCAAAGCCAACCUUAUAGGCUGGUAACGCAGCUGAGCCACUGGAUGUGAAGCGCCAGCUGCGCCGCCUGACUUCUGCCCCCGCGCGUUCCCACGGAACAGGGGACGGAGUGGAGGAAGUCCCGCUCGCUGUCGUAUGCCUUUGUGUGCACGUGUGUGUGUGUAGCCGUGGGGAGCCUCGGGUCCAGCUGCUGCUAUUUGAAGCUGGGGCCACGAGGGGCUGUCGGGUCCUCCCUCCUCUCGGCCCGGCGCGAGCGCAUCACUGCGGUGGCUGUCGACCGACAACGCAUGGCCGCCUGCUCCAGCUCCGCCUGCAUUAUUGGUCCAUGUUGGAUCCCACCGGAGCUCGCUGACUUCCCCGUCGGUGGUCUCCUGACUCGCUCCUGUUACGUGAACCACUCUUCACCUCCGGUCUGACCUUAAGCAGUGUUGGCGCCAGACUGGGUACAACAGUAGUUAAACAGAGUUUUAGUACUUGAAGAUAAAACACGAGGAGAGGUGGAUGUAUCUUAUCCCACUGUUGUUGAGUGUCUGUGGUGAGCAGGUCAAAAGGCCCACUGAGCUGAAAGGGUUAGGUCGGUGAAGGACUACAGACCACUCAUCUUUCCCCCUCCUCUCCUUUGUUUCCAUUCUUUUUUUAUACACCUCCCCCUCUCUGCUUUUUCUAAGAUUUCUACAUAAUGAUAGGCUCUCUGUCUUAACAGUGGCUGACCUGAGCGUGUCUGUCUGCGCUAAAAUACCAAAUGGUGUACCUUUGUUGGUACUGUAGAUCUGUAGGUUUUGUUUACUAUCGGUGUGCAUGGGUGGUUGCGUGUGAGUGUCUUUUUGCAUGUUAUUUGGCAGAGAACGUCUCUCUUUUUUAGAGGGUGUUUUUACUGUGAGGAGAGAAAGGAUGCACGGAUAAAAGGGGCCAUUUAUAUGUUUAGAAAGAUCACGUUUCAAUGCGUCCUCAACAUUAGCAAUACCUUGUGCCUUGUGUGUGUGUGUAUGUGUGUGUGUAAGCAUGCUUGGCUUCUGCCCUGGAAAGUACACGUGCCUGUGUGUGUGUGUGUGUGUGUGUGUGUGUGUGUGUGUGUGUGUGUGUGUGUGUGUGUGUGUGUAUGUGUGGAGUUGCAUUGUGAGCCUGCGAGCGCGUGUGUUACCGAAGGAGGCCACGCGUGUGUGUUUUUAUAACACAGGUGAGUGUGUCAUUCACUUUCAGCGUACAAACAGUGGCAUACAGUUUGGUCGUUGUGAAACCUCUCAAAGAAAUGUAUUUAUAGCGGUUGAUAAAAAAAGACUUUACUGUUGUUGUAAGCAUACAAUUAUCCAUGUCAAUAUAUUAUCGUAUAACCAACCUAUCGUCAGUUUAUACCUAAGGUACGGUGAGUGGAGCUUUGGGUGACUAGCUUUGAGAUGCACUUACCACAGACUGGUUAUCAAUGCAGUCAUAGGGGGAAUCCCUGUGUAUUUUCAAAUUGUUAACCUAUAAAAAAUGAACUUUUUAAAUGUUGAUAUGUUUCUAUGGUGACCACACGCGUACACACAUUAUUCUGUCUCGCAUGUUUUAGCACUUUCUCACGCCUGAAGCAAACCAGAUCAACUGGACUGGAUGGAAAGCAGAGAGAGAGAGAGAGACUAGUCUGAGAUCCAUCUUUUUGACUGUGUGCCUUCGCUACUCUGGCAUAUUGAACCUUUGGUUUCUCCUUUUGGGGCCUUUUUUUUAAAGGGGGACGACUUCCUGUUUCUACACAUUGCUGGGUUAUAAAACUAAACUGGAUCUGCUUACAAUAAAUUACACACAUGAGAUAGACACUUUAUCUCUCUCUCUCUGUAAAGACACAUAAUGGACAGAGUCUUUGAACUAUGACUAUCUUCACUCUUUUUCCAGGCCCAGAGCAGAUAAAUGCCAAAACCUGAGACUUAGACAGUAGCAUCUAUAUACACCUGGUUACUUUUAUAGCUCUAUCUUGUCACAUAUUAUACAACAAAUGUAUAUCGCAUCUGUUCAUCAAUAUUUAGUUGUUUUGUUUUUAUCAAUGCCAAAAUCUGUCUUUGGGCACUGAACAUGGCUUUUGAAUGUGUUUCAUUUCUGAUGCAGUUUUACUGCCUCCACAGUAAGCAUUGAACAAUUUACACGUGUCAAUUUUUUUCUGUGUGCACCUGCGGUUCAAGCCAAUGCUUCACCGUCUUAUCUAUUGGGUCACGAUGAUGGAUGGUGUUUUGGACUCAGCAGCACCAGUUUGGCUACAGUGGUUCACAAAUGCUUUGUUCAUAUUCUGUAAAUGAAGCAGUUAGGUUUAAACCAACAACCAAUAAUGCUGACACCUCCUUCCAUGUGUGACUCUUUACCUUAAAUAAAAUCGUAUUAUUAGAGUUUUUAUUAAAUACUGGAAGCUAAUGAUUUUUGCUCAAGCUAAUAUUUAUUUUGCAGGCACCAAUUUGAUUGUUUUAUGUGUUUGUUGGCAAAUUGGUCUGGGAACUUGGUUUUGGUUUCUGUCUCUCACAAAUAACUAUAUUUACACAUAUACGCAGAUGAUUAUGCUGAGUAGGACGCAAAGUAUGAACAUGUCACUGGUAAACAAAAUGUUUACAUGUGCCAGCUAAAAAACUGAACCAAAAGUGGCCAACAGCACAACACACAAACUGAAAAGAUGAUGAACACUGCAUUAUGUACCUUCUAAUCAGACUAGGAUUGAAUUCUUUCAAUCAAAGUGGACAGAAUAUUUGGAUUUGCUAAUGCCACAUACUAAUCAGACCAUUCAUUCUACCUGUAUUUAUCAAAUGGUAAAAGUAAAAGGGCUGACUGAGUAAAAGCAAGUUAUGGGUUAGAAGCCAGAAUCAGUAUAAUAAUUUAUUACAUUAUUAGACACACAUAGACCAUGGCUGCCCUGCCUGCCCUAUUACUACUGCUUUACAGGGUGGACCUCAGAAGGCGUUUGUAUCAUUCAUUUCCAGCUUGGAUCAGCACUCAGAUCAGCCCUCUUACUUUAUAAAACCCAUCCUGGACAUUAUGGCUCAUGUACACCUGUUUAUCUGCCCCACAGUGCUAAUGUGUAGCAGAGUUGUGCUGGUUGUGGCCUUUGACUGGUCGGCUCAGAGGUUAAAGGUCACCGUGUGAGCGAGGUGGCGGCAUGCAAGCCACCAGGAAGCAUCUGGGGACAUCUUAGGUUUUAUAGAGACGUGGGGUUGGAAAGAAGAGAACGGGAAAAGGGGAAAGACUCUGUUUUAUGUUAACUGAUUGGGGAGGAUGUCUUUGUUAGUUUGGAUACGUUUUAUAUAAAAAGGAAUUAAUGCAAAAAAGAAGCCUAAAGCUAGAAUGUAUGUGUAGGGGAGUACUGCUGUCCUGUUAGUUCAUACCAAUAUUUUAAUUAAAUAAACAGUUGUGUUUCCAUA